GUGCUUCCACCCUACCCCCAACGCCAUCUUACUGCGCAUGCGCAGCUCCACUCCACCCUCGCUCCCUCCCGAACGCGUACGUGCGCGUUCGCGCCUCUCACACUUGGCGGAGGGCGCGUGCCCUGGAAAAUUCCACGCCCGAGCUAGCUCCGCCCUAUGCGCCUUCUUUCCAGCCGCCGGCUCUCCACUGUUUCCCUCCCAGCUGCCUUUGCGUGAGCAAAAUGGCAGCCCCCAUGCCGCGGAGUUUGUCUUGCUUAUCCAGGGCUGUAGGACGGUGGUCUCGGCAGCCAAUCCUGAUGACUCAGUCCACAGCAGUAGUUCCAGCGAGAACUAAAAAACGUUUCACACCCCCUACUUAUCAACCCAAAUACAAAACAGAAAAAGAGUUCAUAGACUAUGCCCGGAAAGCAGGACUGGUCAUUCCUCAAGAAAGUUUGGAACGUCCCAUACAUCUGGCCUGUACAGCUGGUAUCUUUGAUGCCUAUGUUCCUCCUGAGGGUGAUGCCCGAGUGUCAUCUCUUUCUAAGGAAGGACUAGCACAGAGGACUGAGCGAUUGAAGAAGAAUGUGGCAUCACAAUUGUCGAUCCGGAGGAUAAAAGAAAGUGAUCCUAGUUUUAAAGUAAAGGACUUCCCUGAAAAAGCCCAGGAUAUCUUCAUUGAAGCUCACCUGUGUCUAAACAACUCAGACCAUGACCGACUUCAUACCUUGGUAACCGAAAACUGUUUUCCGGACAUGGUCUGGGACAUCAAAUAUAAGACUGUCCGCUGGAGCUUCGUAGAAUCUUUAGAGCCACCCCAGGUGGUGCAGGUUCGCUGUUCGAGUCUGGUGACCCAGAGCAACGCGUAUGGCCAGGUCACCGUCCGCAUGCACACCCGGCAGACUCUGGCCAUCUAUGACCGGUUUGGCCGGUUGAUGUAUGGACAGGAAGAUGUGCCCAGGGAUGUCCUGGAGUAUGUUGUCUUUGAAAAGCACCUGGCAAAUCCCUAUGGCAGCUGGAGGAUGCAUGGCAAGAUCAUUCCCCCGUGGGCACCCCCUAAGCAGCCCAUCCUUAAGACGGUGAUGAUCCCUGGCCCCCAGCUGAAACCUGGGGAAGAGUAUGAAGAGCUGCAAAGAGAGGCCCAUAAGCCUCAGCUAGCGUGACAGCAAGAAUGACUCCUGGGGUGAAGCAUGGAUGAUGAGGCAGCUGGAAGCUGUGACGUCACCUGUCUUCUUCUCACUGUGGGAAGAACUGCCUUUGUUCCCUCUUGCCCUGCGUGGGUCUUUUAAGCAGUCUUAUCCUCAAUAACAGCUGCUGCUGGUUGGGCCCUGGUGGGUUGGGUCUAUGCACAGCAGUGGCUUCGCUUCUUUUUUUCUAUCUUAUACCUUGUUUCUAACUCUAGAUGAAAGGCGGUAUGUUUCAGAGAACAUGAUACCAGCUUUCCCAUAGCAAGAACUGUCAGGAGCAAACUGGCAGGACUUUCUAAUUACAGGGCAGGGAUCAGAGUUGGAAAUAAAACACUAUCAAGUAUUAGACAAAUUGUGGUGGGUUCUCUACAUUUCUCCUGGUUCAUGCUGGAAGUGGACAAGCCUUCAGAUGGUAGAAGUGGAAGUUAACUGUGACUGUUGUGACUUACAGGAAACCCAGACUUGAGAAAAAUAAUUAGUGUUUAUAAAAGUGAUGUCAUUUAAGGGGGUCUCUUCUCAUACACUGAUUCACUAAAUCAGUAUCUGUAUUUCACAAAUGAAUGUAAAUCCAAAGAAAUCAUUUAGCCCUCAGCUUUUGGAUUUUGUUCUUAAUUAUCGACUGUAUCCUGGUGUAAUCCCAGGAGGCGUUGGUGGAGGCAGGGGCCAUGGAAGUGUGGAUACAUUUGGGAAAUUCAUCAGUAAGACUUGGUUCCCUGGUUUCUAGCACUUUUUGGAGAUGGUGACUAUUUUUCCAGCCCAAAUUUGGAGGCAAAGAUUCCAGGAUAUGAACCUGUGGCGCGUGAAACAGCCCAGCCCCUACUUGUGCCUUAGCUCCAGCUGGAGGAGGAUGUAGGACUUCACAUGCUCGUGUCCUGGGUCAUCUGAGGUGUGACAGGGAAGUCACUGUCCCAGCAGCAAGCUUGGCUUGUAGCACUAUUACACUGAUCAGCCCAUGAGGUCUCCCCUUAAAAAUUAGAACCUUAAUUCUCUUAUUUCUGUGUUUUAAGUCUAGAAUUUUCUUUUAAGGAGUUUACCACUUGGCUAAGGAUUAAUCUUUUCUGACCUUAUCUUGAGAGUAGAGUCCAAAGAAACGAAUCAGGUUGAGAAUAACCUGACUCCUCUCUGUAAAGCUACCAUCUCAGCAAAGCAGCAAACAGACCAGGCCUCACUGGGGAGAACUAAGGUUUUAACAACAGCUGCCAAGUGCAGACCACAGAAACGAGAUGUGUAUGCUUAGGGGAGAGGCAGCACUAGCGGGUUAAUCCAAAGCAGCCACUCUCAUCAUGCUACUUAGUCUCAACCCUUUUGGCUUAAAAAUGUACAUCAGUCUCCAGCAUUGCUGCCCAAGUGAGGUUUGGUCAUAUCCUAUUUGCCUGAGCCCCAGAUUAAGGCAAAAUGAGAAGGGAAGUGCUUUCAGUAGGAUCCACAGCUGGGUGGGUGUGGAGUAAGGGGGAGGCGGUCCUGGGUGGGACAGGGAGCAGAGAAAGCACACUUAAUGACCAAACAGCAUUUUGAUUUCUAUGAAAAAAAAAAAAAAACAUAUAAAACUUUCAAAUAA